AUGAUGCGCUUUCUUCCCGUUAAUUUGACGACAAUCCUCGUGGAGCUCCCAGGUCUCGAGGAGACCCUGGCGCUUCUUACCUCACUGCAGUCACAGCCAGUUGAUGGCAUUAAGGAGAUGAUCCCUGCUGCCCGCACGCUGCUCGUUCACUUCGAUCCAGAAAGUGUAAGCGCAGAGGGGUUAGCAACCGAAUUUCGCAAACGAGACCUCUCAGUCAUCAGCCUCCGAUCGGACUGUCAAAUAGAAAUCCCCGUCCGCUAUGACGGCGUGGAUCUGGAUAACAUCGCAAAGCUCACAGGAUUCAGCGUGGAAGAGGUUAUUCGUCGCCAUAAGGAGAGUCAGUUCACUGUGGCAUUCUGCGGAUUUGCGCCGGGCUUCAGCUACCUCAAUGGCGGCGAUCCUGCCCUGUUCGUCCCGCGCCACCAGACUCCAAGGACCCGCAUUCCAGCUGGCUCGGUAGCUCUGGCGGGGCCUUUUAGCGGCAUCUAUCCACAAAGCACUCCAGGCGGGUGGCAGAUUAUUGGUUCGACAUCGGUCAAAAUGUGGGACACAAAUAGGAGUCCAAGCGCGCUUCUGCAACCAGGUUAUCGGGUCAAAUUUGUUGAGGUGGAUGAUCUCGAAGCCGCUGAAGCUGAUAGUACUCUUUCAGUUGAGGACGCGACAGCUGGUUCUGGUCCAAAUGAUACGGAGGAAGAAAAGCUUGCCCUGAGUGAGACGGUGGGCAACACCAUUCCACAUUUCAAGGUUUUGACGGCGCCAAUGCCGGCACUUUUCCAAGAUCUCGGCCGGCCCGGUCAAGCGAAUCAAGGUGUUUCUGCCUCGGGUGUGCUAGAUCGAUCGGCAUUUCGAGCUGCGAACCGUACAGUGGGAAAUCCAGCUGGCACUGGAUGCCUUGAACUUACGCUGGGCGGCUUUUCAUUUGAAAGCACCAGUCAGGCGGUGAUCGGCUGCACAGGGGCGCCCUGCCCUAUUACAAUUGAGGAUACGAAAGGCCAGACUACACAGAUAACGGACACUCAUCGGCCAAUUGCGCUGGAGCCAGGGGAUGUCGUGACAUUCGGACAUCCACGAACAGGGAUGCGAAUCUACGUGGCAGUUCGGGGUGGCUUUGAGAUCAAUCCGAUCUUGGGUAGCGUCAGCACCGACACUUUGGCUGCAGUGGGGCCCAGUCCAGUCGUGGCGGGCUCGAGGCUGAUCUUGAAGAACGCGCAGCAGGGCCUGGCAAGCGUUUCAAUCCACGAAGCCCCAGUGUUCACUCUACCUGCUCCAAGUGAUGUGGUGAUUCUGGAUGUAGUGCUUGGCCCUCGCACCGACUGGUUUACAAAGGAAGGCCUGGAAACCUUCACUCAACAGUGCUGGAAAGUGACGGCAGAGUCAAGCCGGGCUGGGGUUCGUUUAUCGGGAAAUGUUUCCAUCGAGCGCAAAGACGACAAAGCAGAACUACCAAGCGAGGGCACAGUCACCGGCGCUAUUCAGGUGCCCCACAAUGGUCAACCUGUACUAUUUCUUGCCGAUCAUCCACUAACCGGUGGAUACCCAGUCAUUGGUGCUGUGGCUGAUUACCAUCUGGAUCUCACUGGCCAGCUUCCUGUCAAUACAAUGGUCCAGUUUCGCGCUAUCGCCCCCUGGUCCGAAAUUCAGCCGCAACACAAUCAGCUCCAUGCAGCAUAG